CAGCCGGUCCGGACCUGGCGCGGCCCGUGAGGGGGCCGCGAGGAGAGGCCAUUGUGGCGAGGAGGCCUUGGGAGGUGGAGGAGCGAAGCGGCUGCCGCGGGACCCAAGCGCCGAGCCUCAAGAGCAGACGAUCUUGAAAACUGUGCCAGGUCCUUGGGGGAGAAAAAACUACAUGACACUGCAACAUGAGUGACGGUAAAUGUGAUAGUCAGUUUUACAGUGUUCAAGUCGCAGAUUCCACAUUCACUGUACUAAAACGGUACCAACAAUUGAAGCCCAUAGGAUCUGGGGCUCAGGGCAUUGUUUGUGCUGCAUUUGAUACAGUCCUUGGGAUAAAUGUUGCCGUAAAGAAGCUGAGUCGUCCUUUUCAGAACCAAACACAUGCAAAAAGAGCUUACAGGGAGCUUGUUCUUUUAAAAUGUGUCAAUCACAAAAACAUAAUUAGUUUGUUAAAUGUAUUCACACCACAGAAAUCACUGGAAGAAUUUCAAGAUGUGUAUUUGGUUAUGGAACUGAUGGAUGCUAAUUUGUGCCAGGUUAUUCAUAUGGAGUUGGAUCAUGAAAGAAUGUCCUACCUUCUCUACCAGAUGUUGUGUGGUAUCAAACAUCUCCAUUCAGCUGGUAUCAUCCACAGAGAUUUGAAACCCAGCAAUAUAGUAGUAAAAUCAGACUGUACACUUAAAAUCCUUGAUUUUGGACUGGCAAGAACAGCAUGUACUAAUUUUAUGAUGACUCCGUAUGUAGUAACACGGUAUUACAGAGCACCGGAAGUUAUCCUCGGCAUGGGAUACAAAGAGAAUGUGGAUAUCUGGUCUGUUGGGUGCAUAAUGGCAGAAAUGGUCCUCCAUAAGGUCCUGUUCCCAGGAAGAGAUUAUAUUGAUCAGUGGAAUAAAGUUAUUGAACAGUUAGGAACACCAUCAGCAGAUUUUAUGAAGAAACUACAGCCUACUGUGAGGAAUUAUGUAGAAAACAGACCAAAAUAUCCGGGUAUCAAAUUUGAAGAGCUCUUCCCAGAUUGGAUAUUUCCAUCGGAGUCUGACCGUGACAAAUUAAAAACAAGUCAAGCUAGAGAUUUAUUAUCAAAAAUGUUGGUAGUAGACCCAGACAAACGAAUUUCUGUAGAUGAAGCCUUACGACAUCCAUAUAUCACAGUCUGGUAUGAUCCAGCUGAAGCGGAAGCACCUCCUCCUAAAAUCUAUGAUGCACAGCUGGAAGAAAGAGAACAUGCCAUUGAAGAAUGGAAAGAAUUAAUAUACAAAGAGGUAAUGGAUUGGGAAGAAAGAAGCAAGAAUGGUGUGGUAAAAGAUCAGCCCUCAGAUGCAGCAGUGAAUAGCAACACCAGUCCUUCCCAGUCAUCAUCGAUCAAUGACAUUUCAUCCAUGUCAACUGAGCAAACGUUGGCUUCAGAUACAGACAGCAGCCUUGAUGCCUUGACAGGACCCCUUGAAGGAUGCCGAUGAUCAGCCAGGAUUGCAGACUUAACAUUGGAAAAAAAACUCGUUUCCAUUGGCCUGAAUUGCUUGUAAGUUAAUGGAACCAAGUAGAGAAACUCCAUGUUCUGCAUGUUCUACUAAAGUAAUGCCUGUGUUUUUACUCAGUUGUAAUAAGACUCCCUGCUUAAUGUUAUAGAAUGAAAGCAAAUCAAUGUCUAAAGAAGAAAAAAUUACAGUUUAGGUAUUACUAUAGACUUUUUUUGUUUCAGCCUAUUUCAGGUGAGCAGUUACAGUAGGUGUGUACCAGAUAACUCCUUCUGAGUGAGUUUAUGGACCUUCUAUCUCAUUCAGUAGACUUCUGUAACACACACAUGGUCAUUACAUUUUUGCAUAGAAUUACCCUAUAGUGGGUUUUUUGAAUGUAUAGCGUCCGUAUAAUUUGCUUAAAUAUGACUACAGAAGUUUGCGCUAUUUAACUCCAAUAUGUUGUACUUGAGAGUUACCUUACAUAUUGGAAAUUAUCAGUACUGUAUUCAGGGGGCAAUUGUUCUUCCACAUAGCACUUUUAUUUUUUUCCUAUUGAGCCCUUUCUCUCCUCACCUCCCAGUAAUUUUGUAUAUCUUCUUGUAGAAGAAACAAACUUGUGAACUUCAUAUAGCAUAGCCAUCAUUUCAUAUUUUACCCAUGAAUGCGACUAUGCUUCUCUGAAUGUCUUCUUUCAGUUGUUAUAGUGUGAGGUAGAAGGGGUUAGCUUGGUGAAGCAACAUGUCUCUUUAAACAAGGUGAAGUGCUAAAUUAUUUCCUUAUUUUCUGGCUAAUACAUUGUUUUGGUCCUUUUUUAUCAAUAAAAACUUUUAGAAACUACCUUUUCCCUACUUUUUCUUUUAAGAACAAAAAUUUGUCCUGUGGAGCUUCUCCCUUAGUCACUUCUUGUGUCUCAAUGCAAAAAUCUGAUAAAGUGCAGAGGCAAUGGGGAGACUUGAAACCUAAGUGACCGCUGAAAUAGUUGCACAAUUUUUUUUCUAGUCUUGUUUAUGGAACCAUUCUACAAUGUGAACACUUCUAAAUUUUGAUAGGCCUCUUGACUGAUUUGACAAAUGAUUUUCUUUAAGUAUUUCUUAUAUCUAUAGAGCUCAGCUCUACUUCCAAGUUAGACAAAAUUCUUUCUUUAUUAAAAAAGCAGUCUGUCUACAUUUUUUAACAAGGUACCACAGCAGAGGGAGGCUGUUUGCAGUGACACUCCUCUUCAGUUUUAAUAGAAGCUUAUCAAUGCAGUUUUCAAAUUUAAAUAAUACAGACAUUGCCUCUUACAUUGCACAGUAUUUUGAAUUAUUAGAAAAUGUGUGUGCAGUAGAAUAGUGCUUAAGUUAUCAAAUAUUAUACAGUUGUGCAUUUGCAAACAGAAAAGCAUGUUUGCUUUGGAACACACAAGCGUAAGAAAUGCUUUGCUAAAAGACCUUCUUGUUUUCGCGUGUGUAUGGUUAAACUUUAUAACUAAAAUAGUAAUGAAAAAAUGUCAAAGAUGAGGCAAAACAUUUUGCUUUCAUGGUGGCACUAUAUUUAGCUGUUGACUUAGCUACUGAAGUCUUGAACAUUUAAAGAGAACUUGUACAAUUUUCUCACUGAACCAGCAAUUAUAUUACUGAUCUGAAUUGUUCAGUAAGCUGUUUGGGAAAGGAAAAAUAAUUGCCCAUGAUUUUGCAUGCUCUUGAUUACGAUCUGAAAGGUAGAAGUUUUUCUUUUAAUGCAGUGUGUACUCAUAAAUGUUUUAAAAUAGGUUAAUUUGCUGUAGCUUUGAAUUUAUCAGAACAGAAAAAAUUGACAAGAAAAUUGGACAGAAGUAUCUUAGUGAUAUAAGCUGUAGGAAAUAAAUCUUUAGAGUUCACAUCUAGCAUCUUUUGUUUUGAUAUUUUUUUUAAACACAAGUACUGUUUUUUUAGUUUUGCGUUUUUGUUUCCUUAAUUCAGAAAAUACAGAUAUAUUAUUUAUCAUCUGUUUCUGGUGAUAUGUGCAAAAUUUGUCUGGCUUAUUUUGUCAUUAGAGCAAACCUUUGAUAAAAAUGCUUAUUGUGUUCUGACACAAUAGAUUGCUCAUACUCUUUAUCUCUGAGUGUUUUGAAGGUGUUAAUGUUGAAAGACACCUAGCAUAUAGAAUAAGCUCUGGUGACCUUAAACUAUCUUGUGAUUAGCUUUCACCCUAUUCACUGGAGGGGGGCCGGGGGGAAUUGAAAUCUCUCUCUCUUCUGGUGUGUUGAUCCAAAAACUGCUGUUUUGCUCUAGAGAGAGCGUCACUUAACUAAGCCUAUAUGCCAUCAGUGAUGUAGGCUAAGACUUUCAAAAGUGACUAGUGAUUUUUGGGUGCCUAACAUGAGGUACCUUUUAAGGAGCCUUAUUUUCAAAGGAUGGGAGCUCAGGACUUUGAGAAUCAGGCCACUUUAAGGUAUCUCAAGUUAAAUAUCCAGAAUCACUAGUUAUUUUUGAAAAUCUUGGCUUUAAUGUUUUCAAAGAACUUUGAAAUAAUAGGAUGAAAUGUGCAAAAAGAUGCAACGUACCAUUAAGGUUCCCUAAGAGUUUCCCACUGUACCUGAGGCAUAAAGGGCUGAAAUCUCGAUAGCAAUUUAUUGCAUGUCACAAUACUGCUGCAGAGCAAAUACAGUUAAGUUACCUUAGUAAUAAAAUAAAUGAUUUAUUAAUAAGAUUUUGUCUGCCAGUCUUGGUCUGAUCCUGUUUGUAAAAGUUCUUGCUGGAUAGUUUGAGAUCCAUGAUUAACUUCUGGGAAUGACCUGCUGGACUUGUCAUUUUUCAAGAUUAUACAAAAUCUUUGUUUAGCUUUCCAUCCUCUUUAAGUAAAUAAGCUAAAGUCUUCUCCGUUGUCGUUCAGGAGCAACUUACCCCACUAGGUUUAGUUUGUUUGGCAUGCCUCAACUGCAUGUAUACAGUGGUCAUCCUGUAUUCCACUCAUAAUUGUCAUAAUUUUCUACAUUAUUAUAAAAAGAAUCAUUUGAACUAGUAAGGGAGGUUUUUCUAAUUUAUAGCCUAGUCUUGAAAAUGUAUUCCUGGAAUAAAAAGCAGUUGAGUUCUUUAAGUCACCAUGUUUUCCCAUACUAUAAUAAAAGAUUGAUUGGAUUUUUAACAUUUGUUUUAACAGAAGCAGCUUCUUGAAACUUCAGUUGUGAUUACAGAACUAUAACUUUCUUGUUAAGAUGCAUGAAAAAUAUAAAGUCUGCAUAUUAUAAGUUGGAUUUCAGUAUGAAAAGAAACAGUUGUUUGACUUUCAAGAAGUUGGAUGUGCUGCUGUGUUCACAAAAAUGGAAGUAGAGCAGUAUGCCUACUUCUGUGUAUACUUGCACACACAAAUUGGAUAUUUACAUGUAGAAAAUAGGCAUGCACUUCAUGCUGAUUUUGAACAUACAAUUGCAGUCCCGACUAUAUGCAAAUUAAGGUGCGUCCAAUUUACAAAAUUGAUUUUUGCUGACACACAAGAACCUCAUCUCUGAUGUGAAAACUGACACGUGUAAUCUUGACAGUAGUUUUAAAGUUUAGAAAUGAACUAUUCAGUCAUUGCAAUAGGAUAAUUUUUUUUUCAGGUGUAGAUCAUAUAUAUCAGGGAUCGGCAGCCGUCGGCACGUGACCUAUCAGGGAAAUCCGCAGGGGGGCCAGGACGGUUAGUUUACCUGCAGUGUCUGCAGGUUCUGCUGAUUGCAGCUCCCACUGGCCGCAGUCCACCGUUCCAGGCCAGUGGGGGCUGAGGGAAACGGCGUGGGCCAAGGGAUGUGCUGGCCACUGCUUUCCACAGCCCCCAUUGGCCUGGAAUGGCGAACUGCGGCUAGUGAGAGCUGCAAUCGGCUGAACUUGCGGACGCCGCAAGUAAACAAACCGUCCCAGCCCCCCAGCAGAUUUCCCUGACAGGCCGCAUGCCAAAGGUUGCCGAUUCCUGAUAUAUAUGAAGUGAUACAGUUGAUCAGUUUUCAGCACUUAGUAUUUAGCAUUUAUAAAUAUUUAUUUUUUAAGAGUGUGUGUGUGUGUGUAAGUAAAAACAACCCAAUUGAUUCUAUGAACGUGAAUGUUGACUUUCUGUAUGACAAACUCUACAUAGAUUAACACUGCUUCACACGCACAGAUUUACGAAAUGUUUAAAAAUAAGUGAUUAAACUUAGUUACAGUUCUUAUACUUAACUGCUCACUUGAAAGGAGAAGGGGAUAAUGGUUAAUAUUCCGAUUAUUGUAUUUAAACAUCACUUUAAUUAUGUAAACACUGAAUAACUGAAUGGCAUUGCAGAAAUGGAGUGUGUUUUAAAAAGUUGAUUUAAUUUUAUUUGUACUCAUAUCACUUUUUCUCAAAAACAUAACUAAACUAAGAAAUCAACCAUUUUGAAAGAUGAGUGAGCAGCCUAUACAAUGUGCUUUGAGGAAAUACUUUGACGUGAAAGAUUUUCAUUUUGUUAGGCUUAAAAAAAAAAACCACUAUGUCAAAAUAAGGUUUGUCUACACAGAUCACAUAAAAUAUACCAGUCUAACCACUGGAAAUGCAAGCCUUUGAAGUUUGUUGUAUCUUAUUUCUGGUAAGGAUUUAAACUUCUUUAUCAAAGAGUACAAGCUAGAUAAGCUCAGACUAAACUAGAUAUUGUUGACUAGUUGGUUGUGAAGAUACGAAAACCUGUUAGGGACCAGAUUGUUUUUGGGGUGGUGGUGGUUUAAAUCCUAAGAUCAUGUGGGUAUUUAUUCAAAAUUAUGUAGAAAAUAUGAUUCCUCCUUCAAUUUAUUAAUAUUUUGUGAAGGAAAGCUUUUAGAUGGACCUCUACCAAAUACUGAAUCAGUUUCCUUUUUGGAUCUGGUUUUACUUGACUCGUGUCAUAAACUUAUGAUUUUUAGAAAUAGGAUGGGGUUUAGAACUUCAAAAUACAACUUAUAUGUCCAUUGUCCAAGAGUGGAGUGAGUGACCCAUUUCAGUACAGCAGAAGUGCACUGUACUGAUUUGAGAUGCAUUGUAAAUUCCUAGAAAAUUCCUCAGGUGCUCAAGUGCAGACAAAUCUUUACUGAACUUAAUACCCAAGUUGGCAGAUAAGUUCAGUCUUGCAGCAAUAUAGUUUGUAUGGGGUAUUUCAGUUGAAUUGUGAAACUUAGAGUGGAAGUACUUUUAAGUGAAGAAACACUGAGCAGCCUUUGUCUGUAAUUGCUACUUAUAUAUAAAAUUGAUUCUAUCAGGGCUUGAUGCUAAACUUAGUGAUGCUGGGUACUUGGAUCCAGAUUCCUUCUUGGGAUGUGCACUGUGUGGCUGCCAUUUUAAGUUAAUGUGUUGUGUGCACUUUUAUCCAAAUGCAGAAUUAUGUUCCUGUGGCUGAUUCCCUGAUGUUGGUAGUUUCAUUACUUCUCCAUGAACGUCCUUGAGUUCGUUUGAUAUUGGGGGUAUGGCAGAAGUAAAUAUAUUCUGGUUCAUCAUCUUAUAUAUAUUUUAAAUUGUCCAUCAUGUAAGUUAUAGUGAUGUUCGAAAUACACAUUAUUACACAAACCUAUCAAAUCAAGCCUAUUCUUACACCCACUUAUGCAUGUUGCAAAUCUCUUGAGCUAAAUUAUGUUAAUAUUUUAAGUAAGCAAUCUUUUCUCUUAAUAUUUGUAUUAGAGGUAAGUGGAGGGGCAACCAACCUUUGUAUUUGUGUUCUCUAAAAUGACAAUAUUUAUUUUUGUAAGUAUAAUUCUGCUUGUGGAUUUCAAUCCCAGAAACUUGCUGUGUUGUUGUAUAAUCAGAACAUGUAUAUUGAAAAAAAUCAAAUACAAAAUCAAACCAGAA